AUGCAAAACAACGAAAUAAUCAAGCCUGCUAAAUACUUCUCAGAAGUGGAAAAGAGUGUGCUGCUUGCAUUAGUUGAAAAAUACAAAUAUGUACUUGAGUGUAAAAAAAGCGAUGCAAGAACUAUUGCAUUGAAACAACGUACUUGGCAAGCACUUGCCCAUGAAUAUAAUUCUCAACCUAGUGUAUCACUACGAGAUUUCAAGCAGUUAAAGAAAUGCUGGGAAAAUAUCAAGGCACGGACAAAAAAGAUAAUGGCACAUGAAAGACGGGAGAAAGUAAAAAGAAGUAUUAGUCCACUUAUAAAUACUCACAUCAUAGGGAAAGAGAAGAUUGCCAGCAUGAUGCCUGAGCAAAUGUACUUUUUACAGAGUCCACCAGAAGAAGAUUCUGAAUAUCAACCUGAUGCUUCUAACCAAGAGUCAUUUGCUGUCUCAAACAGAGAACUGUGUGAUGAAGAGAAAGAGAUAGUACAUUUCCCAAUAUGUGAAGGCACCUCCCAACCUGAGCCCUCAUGUUCAGCUGUCAGAAUAACAGCGAAUAAAAACUACCGAAGUAAAGCCACUCAGGAGGGAGCUUUGAAAAAGAUGCACGAGGAAGAGCAUCACCAGCAAAUGUCAAUUUUACAACUGCAGCUGAUACAAAUGAAUGAAGUGCAUGUGGCAAAAAUACAACAGAUAGAAAGGGAGUGUGAGAUGGCUGAAGAGGAACACAGGAUAAAAAUGGAAGUGCUAAAUAAAAAGAAAAUGUAUUGGGAGAGAAAACUGCAAACCAUCACAAAAGAAUGGCCUGUAUCAUCCUUUAACAGACCCUUUCCUAAUUCACCCUAG